AUGACUGACACUAUCCAUUUACCUGGGGAUGUACCGCUCUAUGACUAUCUACUUGUGCACGAGUUGAAUCGUUCAAGUCUGGCGAUAAACGAGGAUAGCGUUAAGGGAUCGAAAUUGACGAAGGAGAACUUGACCGAGCUGCGCGAGAUCUGGGAACGUGAUCGGUCGAUGCCAAACAUCGAGUGGAGGAAAGCAUGGGCAGCGAGCCAUGGUUUGAGAAGCUUCGCGAAUGUCACUCAGUUCUUCAAGCGCAAAAUGAAGCAACCGUCAAGACGGCAGGCAACAGAGGCGGACGUGUCUCUGACAGCGCAUACAGGCGAUGGAUCGAGUUCUCCCCACGAGAUACGAGACGAAACCUCACACGCUUCACUUUCCUUUGUCUAUCACUAUCCCUCACACGCUAUGCUAGUGUCACACAAAUCUAGUCAACAAAAUCUUACAAAUGAGCGUGUCUCUCAUUGCUCAGCACCCUCCACUCCUAUUAUCGAGCGUGACUCGUCCCGUAACAUUCCUGAUGACAUGUACGCCAUUUCUACACCCCAGACGUGUGACUCUUCCCUCUACUCUGGCGUCCGGACCGGCCUGUUAGCGCAUACAUAUACCGUGUCUCCUGACGACUCAUUCAGUGUUGAUCAGACUGAUCACGAUACCCGUUCGGUGCCUCUUCUGUCAUACAGUCUUCCGAACAGCCCUGCCAACACGUCAACAAUUCAUCCCACUCCCUCCAGCCGGCAGGAACCUCUAUUUGCCGUCGAAGAUGACUAUAACCAUGUGGCUGGCGGUAUCGGACUGGGACUAGAGUUCUUUGACAUUGCUGUCGAUGACCAAACCUCCUGGAUGAAGGUCGAAGACGCGGGGCUUGGCGACCACCCCUCGCUGCUACUCCAUCGUUCUGGGGCACUUGAUCUCAAUUUCGAACAAGUGCAUAACGAGCUCCCGUUAGCGACAUGUGCAGUGCCUGGAGCUGACCUUGAUUACGAAGCUGUCUCUCUGUUCCACGAAGCAGAUUGCAACUUUCUGCCAGCUGAGAUCGAUCCUAUGGACACUCCAGACGCUUGGGAUUCUCUCGUGUCACCGUUAUGUGGGGCACCGAGCACUCGUAAGACUGCAUUUCUGUAA